GUGCAAAGAGGUGUAAAGAGUUGAAUUCAUCGCGUGUCAAGAGGUGUAAAUAAUUGGCACGUCUAGAAACCCGGCGUGUAAAGACCAGUUUCUAGACGUGUCAAGAGUUGGAAUCCCAUAUUUCACGCAGUACAAUGUCAAAUUCGGGUAUAAUAUUGGAGGAACCGUUGAAGUAUAAUGCUAUUCAUGAUCGUCUGAAAUAUUAUCUAGCAACGUUAGGUUUGGAUGAAGGGGAGACCCCCCAUAGCUUGAGGGCAGGAUGUGCAUUAACAAUGGAACAUGUACUUUCCGGGGCUGCAACAUCCUCCUCGGAGGUGAUGCGUCACGUAGGUUGCUUCACAGAUGAAAGCGUACAAUAUUAUACAUGGGUAGGAUUGCUAAAAGAUUCUGAGAGUGUAUCCAGUAGAUUGGCAAAAGCUGUUGUAAAUAAUGACGAGCCAGAAAAUAUUUUUAGGCAACAUACUAAAUCUGUGCCAGCGUUUCAGCCAUAAAUUGUAUAAAGUUUUUUGUAAUAGUGUAUGUGAUGUAUUGUAAAAUAAAUAUAUUAAUUAUGUCACUAUGUUAAUUUUGAGUUUGGAAUCAUAA